GGUAAACUGCUUGGGCAAGUUUCUCCCCAGGAGCUGAGCGAUUCCCUGAAUCUCAUUCCCCUGUGUGUUGGACUCUUGUGCGAGGCUCUAGCGAAAUUCUCCUGGGCAUUUCUCUUUCCACAUAGCAUCUUAAAGAAUGCAGAACCGGGAGUGUGAACUUUGAAACUAGGAAGAAAGAAGUAUAAGGGAUACAGGAUUUCUGGUGUUCUGGUACAGUGACAGGCAGCCUUGGUUUUGCCAUGCCUAUGGGCAGCUUUCAGGAGCUGCACAACCAACUCCGGGAGCUCCACGAGAAGGAGAUACACAGUUUGCAAGCAAAGGUUAUAGAGCUGACUAUGGAAAAAUGCUGUGACUCACAGAGAAUAGAGGAUUUAUUCAAGAAAAACCAGCAGCUACGAGAACACCAGAAGAUGCUUCAUGAGAAUGUCAAACUGUUGGAAAACAGGUUACGAGCCGGUCUGUGCGACAGGUGUACUGUCACUCAAGAUGUGGCUAAGAAAAAGCAGCAGGACUAUGAGACUUCUCAACUACACAGUCUCCAGCAUAUUACCAUUCUGGUCAACGAGAUUAACGUGUUGAAAAAGGAAAAUAAAAAGCUUCUGGAAGAGGUCAAUAACCUCAGCAGCAUGUUGGAUGAAAUGAAUGGCAGACAUCCCAAAGCACCAGUCCCAGGAUGCAGCUCACAGACGGACGCAGCUCUCGUGCUAGUUGCCACAGCGCACAAAACCAAAGAGACAUUGGAGGAAAGGGUUGUGAGGCAACAGUUCCCCAACAGUCUUGAGAUAAGAUGCCACCAACAGCUAUCAGAGGGAGGGAUGUCUGGAUAUAGAAAGCCAACAAGUUGGAGCGGACAUGAAACUCAAGUAACUGUUGAUAGCGUGCAUCAGAAAACAGAUCAAGAAACUAAGAGUAAGAACACACAGCUGGUUUCGAAUCAGCUCCACCAUACCAUUGCAAUGAUGGCAUCUUGCAUGAGAACAGAAAGUGCCAGAGCAAGCCCAGGGGAAGAGAAUGGGAAUGAAAGCAAGGCAGGAGUUAAGGGUUCAGAGGCGCCUGAGAGACAUGAAGUGGUUUCCCCUCCAGCAGUUAGAAUCAGGAUCCCAAAAGAAGAGAAACCCCACAUCCUCAACUCACAACUGGCAUACCGUGCUCACAGCGAACAAGCACUCCGACUCAAGCUGGACUGGAGUAGACGACAUGAAGAAAAGCUUGUAGAUCACAAGCCUGCAGUGGAUUGUUAUGAAAGCGUUUACUACAUGAAGGGCCGUACUGAGGAGUGGACUGUACCACAACACUUACAUAACAACGUGGACCCAAAGAAAGGAAUAUUCAACAACGCAAGUCCAGAAUACUGGCAUGAAAAUAAGUUUUACCAGCCGGCUCCCAGUGGUCUAAGCAAAAUCAACAAGGGUGAAAAUAAUAGAACUGAUGGCAUUUUGACACUGGAAGACAGAAGCAAGCCUUUAAAUCUCAAUGGAAGUGAUCAGAAGACAGAAACGGCCGAAGCACCUUUAGAUCUAUCCGAUUACGGGAGAUCCAAAGAUCAGGGCCUUCCCAGCAUGAAGGCCGAGGCUGGAGCAGAAAGCCCAAGAUCCACAUUAGAGUCAGGGGAACUACAGGGAGCUGAGUCCAACAACUCGUCCCAUCUUAGAGCAGUCAAGCGGUCUCAUAGUGACACAUCGUCCAGUGUGGACCCAGACCAAUCACCAGUGUCUUCUCACUUAGUCGCCAGUCACCAUUUCCAUCACGCAGACGAUGGAGACAACGAGGACAGCUCAGAUCAAAAUGAAGAAAAGGACAUCGGAAUUUCAAAACAGUCAAGAAAGGAAAAUGAAGAAAUGAAUCAGGGUUUAGGAAAAGCACUUUACCCAGUCGUAGCCUUGACAGUGCUGAAGACAGAAACAGAGCCUCCAGAGUCAUCGGACAGCAAGAGGGGUGCUGCUGAUGAGUCUGAAGAGCCAAAUUGCUCCGAAGGGAACGAGAAUGGGAAGGAAAGAAAGAAAAGGAAAAGAGGCGAGGGGCAGGACAAUGUAGCUUUGGACUGAGGAGACACAUUCUCUACGCCAGUAAAGAAAGUCUGCCAUCGGAAAUGAAAACUGCCUUCAUUCUUUCCUGUAGAGCUACAGUCUUUUUAGAUUUUUAACUCCAGAACAUCCAUUUCCGAUAGCCCCUGUGUUUGUCUCUGAAUAAGGAAUCAUCUGUUCCCAGUGCCACACCCACUGAAAGCACUUGCAACCAUUGGAAUUUGAUCACCAUGGAUACAACAGAAUGUGUUCUUGAGGGGCCAAAAGCCAGUCUCACAGUAUGGCUGCCAUAGCAUAAAUUCAGGCUCCAGACCGAUUGGUGCAAUGAAUUUGCUUGCCUCAAAAGUGUCAUAAAUGAGUUUAUUAGUUAAUGUAGUUCAAAUGUACAUCAAUGUGUUUUACAUGCAUGAAAAUCUUAUCAGGAAGUUGUUUGAUCAAAUCUUUGUCCGAAGAGUCUCUGGUGACGUGUUAACUAAUGUGUGUCAUGUUAGAAAAUGUAAAGGAGUUUCCUCUAAACUCAAUGCAGACACAAUGGGUCUCAUUCAUGAAACUUUAAAAAGGAUUAGAAGUCCAUUCUCUUUUCCCAAAGUACUGUUUAACCUUAGAACAUGUUCAUAAACACUAUUCAAAUAUAAUUCCUUAAAAUAAUCCUUUUGUGAAUAGAGCCUGAUAUUUGUAUAUGUAAAUAAUAAAAAAAGAAAGUCUUCAUAUUGCAUUUCCAAAUGCAAACACAUGUUGUUUUACAAAACUUCUUCAAAAGCACAGGUCUCCUCUAUUGUUUAACAUAAUACCUCCUGAUUCAUAAUUAAACAGGAAUUAAGCUCUCUCUCUCUCUCUCUCUCUCUCUCUCUACAGCGUAGUAUGUUCAAGUUCAAAUACUUUAUUGGCAUAACAAGUACUGUCAAAGAUACAAUGCAUUAGAGAACAGAAAAGAACAGACAUGAAAUAAACAGAUAUAUAUAUAUAUAUAUA